AGGAAGCGAGCCGCUUAUCAUUUUCUUUCGAUUCCUUCACCACCGUUUCCAGAGCCGCCGCUCGCCAGUCCUAUAAACUUUGCCGCCGGCGCCUUCCUUUUUCCGAUUUCUCCUUCUCCUCCUACAUAAUCUCUUCGUCUCUCACUUCUAUCAAUCUCGAUCCCGCCGGUGAGUGCCAAAAUGACGGGCCUGACCUGCAACUCUUGCAACAAAGAAUUCAAAGACGAUGCUGAGCAGAAGCUCCAUUACAAGUCUGAUUGGCAUCGCUACAAUCUCAAGCGCAAGUGAAGAUGCAAUCCUUGGACUUGGAUUGCCUAUGGAAGCUGUUGAUAAUGACUGCAUAGUUUUGCAAUUUUCAGCGUUCAUUUCAUGUGGAAUCUGACAUGGGUUGCCUUCUUCGUGUUGUUCCCCUGGAAGCUAUCAGGUGGCUGGGGUUCCAGGUGUCACGGAAGCAUUAUUUGACGCUAGACAGUCAGCAAUUGCUCAAGAGAAAGAUAAGUCUCGGGAGACUCCAAUGCUCUACACUUGCACCCUCUGUGGCAAGGGUUAUCGAAGCUUGAAAUCCCACGAGCAACACCUUAAGUCGAGAGGCCACAUCCUGAGGGCUGCUCAGGGGACAAUGCUGGAGAAAGAGGAAACAAUAAUCAAGCCACGCCCUCAACGGGUAGUGAACAGGCCUCCGCAGAAAGAGGAGAGUGAAGAAAGUGAUGAUGAGUGGGAAGAGGUUGACCCAGAUGAAGUAUUGGUUGAUGAUGCCACCAAGUCUUUGACUGGCUUGAAUGUGGACGGAGUAGGCGCCAGUAAUGAUAUGGAUGAAGAUGACGAAGAAGAUGAUUUGUAUGAUCCUUGUGUUUGCUUCAUGUGUGAUAAAGAGCAUGACAAUAUUGAAGGCUGCAUGGUGCACAUGCAUAAGCAGCAUGGGUUCUUCAUCCCCGAUUUAGAGUAUUUGAAGGAUCCUAAGGGUUUCCUUACUUAUCUUGGUCUCAAGGUGACGAGGGAUUUCAUUUGUUUAUACUGCAACGAUCAACGUCAGCCAUUUAACAGCAUAGAAGCAGUUAGGAAGCACAUGGAAGCAAAAAGUCACUGCAAAGUCCAUUAUGGUGAUGGGGAUGAUGAAGAGGAAGUCGAGCUGGAAGAGUUUUAUGAUUAUAGUAGCAGUUACAUGGACGAGGAUGGAAAACAGCUGGUUGCUUCGGGGGAUAUGGACAACACCCUGGAUCUCGGGGGUAGUGGUUCGGAGCUGAUUAUCACUUCAAGGACCGAUGGUAAAGUACUAUCCAAAACACUUGGUUCCCGAGAAUUCCUGCGCUACUACCGGCAAAAGCCGCGACCACCAGCAAGCGAUGUUCCCAUGACUGCCACCUUGGCUGCUAGGUAUAGGAGCAUGGGAUUGGCAACGGUCCAGUCGAAGGAGCAGUUUGUGAGGAUGAAAGUGUUGAAGGCAAUGAAGCGAUCAGAUGUCGAGGUGAUGCGCACUAAGAUUGGCCUGAAAAACAACGUUAUAAGGAACCUGCCCAAGAAUGUCCCAUAUUAGUCUUGCCGCACAAGAAAUACAGCUUCAGCUACAGCUAAUACUACUGGUUGAUCUAUAUGUACUGGUUUUAUUGUGUCCUACUAAAACCCUAAACAUCAGUAAUGUUUCUGUACCAAUGUUCUUUUAACAUGAAUUGGAUUUGCCCUUGGUAAAGAGCCGGUGUGCUAGAUUUUGUUUAAUCGACGGUUAAUUUCCCUAGCUGCUAUUUCCGUUACAUGGCCAUGCUAUGGCGUUUGUGUUUGAACUGAAAUCAGGUUGGUCUUGUGCUGCCAGAAGUCUCCAUACUGCACGACAGAGCUGAUUCCUCGCUCAGACAUAAACCUUAGUUCAUUCGGAGCUGCUCGAGGGAUGUCUUGUUCGUUAUUGAGGUGAACGACAUUUCUUUGUUAUUGAGGCGAACGAUGUUUCUACGACGACCAAGCAUCGAGAUCCUCGUUACUAUUACGACCCUUUUUGGCCUGAAGAAGGAACUUGAGUUCAGAUUGCAAGCUUAUAAGCCUACUGGGCAGAGUGGAAACAUUGAAUACAAUAGAAACUACAAUUUUAUACAAGUCAGUGUGUGACUUUCAAGCAUAUACUCAAACUGUAGCAGGAAAACAGACUAUGGGUGAAAAUGAAGGGGAAAAGAAACAAAAGAAGAAAAAAAAUCUAAUCACAUGAAGCAAAACCCCAUUCAUCCUCCCAAAACCAAAAGUUCCACUGACAACCACAACAGCAAGAAACGGGAAAUAAAUCUAGCCACCAACAUAUCCACAUUACAACUGCCUGAAUCGUCCUAACGCCAUAUCUGGACCAUUUCUUUAAACAGCAACCCAGCUAUCUAAAGCAACAAAGAUGCAGCACUGUAAGCAGCAUUCUUUUUCCAAAAAAGCUAUCUGAACACUAACAGCACCAGCCGCACUUAACAUUGUCGUCCUUCUUGACUUGUUUCAGUUUCGUCAGUGCACCGAGUCAGGCAUCAGAGUGAGAGGUGAACUGAGGUGCCAAACAAGAUGUAUGGACCCAGUAUAAGUGCCGAACCUACAAGCCUGCCAUUAUUCGUACCUAGUUAUCAUAGAACCGAGAACGGCGCCUGCGAGAACUGCGGUGAAUAGAAUGGCCCCUGCUUGCACUUGGAAAUUCAUCAUCCAUCUCAUCUAAUCUAUACUCUGCAAAGUCAACGGAUGCAACAGAGCCCUCAUCAGAGUUCGAAGUGUCAUAACUCGAUCGUCGGCUCCCUCUUCUGGUAUCAGCUAGUCUCGCCCUUCUUCUAUUCCUCGAGUUUCUAAAAUUAUCAAACACCUUAUAGAAGAUGCAGGAAGUCCACCAGUUGCCUUCAUCCACAUGAAAAUCAUCAAACUCAUCUCCAGUAUUGUCAUCAUCCCCGUACUCGAUCACAUAGUCUCCCAAAACCACUCCACGUGGCACUUCUGAAUGUAUUGUACUCAGAACAUCUAUUAUCUCAGACGACUGCUGGAAAUUCUCCCAGUCAAGCUGGCGUGCAGGGUCGAUUUUAGAAGGACGAGCAUGAGGAUGCUCUAGUUUGGCAUGCUGCUGAAGUUCCAAGUAAGCACCUGUAAACCCACAUCGGUGUUCUUCACAACACCGCUUCUUCUCAUCCAAAAGCAACCGAGCUUCCUGGACGACAAUCCAGCCAGUAACUUCCCCUCUACACAAGGGACAAGCCAGUUUGACAUCUUCGUCUGCUUCCGAUGAUGGCUUGUCGGAGUCAGCCGAAGGAGGUGACAUGCCACAUGCACUCUUGAAACGGUCCAAACAAUUCGAAUGCAAGUGGUCAGUGUCACAUACAAAGGGCCUGCAGCCCUUGUGGUACGACGAACAUUGAAGGAGCACAGAGUUGUGCGGGAAAUCCAAGCAAAUUGGACAGACUACAUCUUCCCAAUCAGUAUCUAACUCAAUCUCUUCUAUGUGAAAACUUUUAGCAGUAAACCCUUUGCGAAAAUAGUGUUGAAUUGCCAUAGUGACGAUCUACAAACGGUAUGGCCAGUAUAGUCCCUCGUCUUCCACUUCUCACUUCAGAUGUCACCCUGCUACUCAAAACUAUGAGAACCCACCAAAAGGGUGCAACUAAUCUGGCCCUUUAGAUCAGGACGAAGCCAAAUAUAUAUCCCUGAACUUGGAGCAGGCACCCAUCAGCGGAGAACUGGAAGCACCAAAUAAAAGAGAUCACUUGUAGUUACAACAGAUAAACAGCCAUUGGCCAUAACCACAGGCUACGAAAACAAGUCAAGCGAAGAUGUCAACAGCAAUCAAUCUAUCCCAAGCGCAAUCCGAGGCCAGAAGUUUGUCAUCUCUUUGCA